AUGGAGGUGGAAGAUUUGAACUCCUGUGGUACUGCAGCUCUUGUCACCAAACCACAGUUUACUCAGCUACUCAGGAAAUAUUUAGAGACAGAGGGUGUCCUAGACAGCCGUUUCCGCAUUCAGAAGCUUCCAGAUGGUGCCAUGGCAUUGCCUGUGCUCAGCCAAAGCCUCCAGGAGCAGCAUCUGAAGCACUUGAAGGAAAGCAUCCCACCUGGGGGGACCUGUGCUUUGAUGUGGAUCCAGAAUCCUGUUCCCUCGAAAUCAGCUCGGGUCCGCUCGCCCAUCCAGAAACUGCGUGAAGAGCUGGAGUCUCUGGUGUUGGCCUGUGGGGCUGCAUGGUCUGAAGAACUGGAAAAAGAUCUGCCUCGCUCCUGGCAGCGGCACGGGGACCUGGUUCUACUGAGCGAGGGCAGCUUCAGAUCAGCACUGUGGGGAGAGAUAGGACUAGAGCUCUGGCAGACGGUUGCUGGUGCUCUGGGGGCCAAACGCUUAGGAAGACACGGCCGUGUGCAGUCAGACUCCUUUCGAUCUCCAACGGUCACCCUGUUGUUGGGGGAAGAUGGCUGGGUUGAACAAGUGGACAACGGAAUCUGGUAUAGGUUUGACGUGACGCGGUGCAUGUUGUCUCCCGGAAACAUCACCGAGAAGCUGCGGAUAGCAUCUCUGCGUUGUGCUGGGGAAGUGGUGGUGGAUCUCUAUGCUGGGAUUGGCUAUUUCACUCUGCCCUACCUGGUCCAUGCUGGUGCAGCCUUUGUUUAUGCCUGCGAGUGGAACCCCCACGCCGUGGAAGCCCUGCAGCAGAACCUGCUACUCAAUGGCGUUCAGCAUCGGUGCUGCGUUCACGAGGGAGAUAACAGGAAGCUGGAACUGCGAGAUGUGGCCGACAGAGUGAAUCUGGGACUGAUCCCAACGUCGGAGGAAGGCUGGCCUGUUGCCUGCCGGGUCUUGCGGAAGGAUGUGGGAGGGAUCCUUCACAUCCACCAGAACGUUGAGUCCUUUCCAGGGAAGGCCCUCCAGCCGGGGCAGGAUCACCAGGGUCCGACACCAAAGGGGCAAGAGGACAAAGGGCUCCAUGGGGGCAAUGAUGCGGUAUUGGGUGCUGGCACGAGUGCCCUGUGCCCCGCAGCCCAGAGUGCCUGGCAGAAGUGGGCAGAGGCUACAGGGAGCCAGAUCAGGAUGUUGCUUCAGGAGUUGGACAGGAAGCCAUGGAGGACAAACAUCCUGCACAUUGAACUUGUGAAAUCCUACGCUCCCCAUGUGCACCAUAUAGUGUUAGAUCUGGACUGCCGCCCCCUUUCAUAGCACCCAGGAGGCGGCUCUUCUGCAGGGGCUGCCCCAG